CUCAUCUAUAUAAAAGGAGUGACAUUAGGGUUUUUGUUCGUCCUCUUAAAGCUUCUCGUUUUCUCUGCCGUCUCUCUCAUUCGCGCGACGCAAACGAUCUUCAGCCAUGGCCACCGCCGCAGAUGUUGACGCUGAGAUUCAGCAGGCGCUCACUAACGAAGUCAAGCUCUUCAACCGCUGGACCUAUGACGACGUUACGGUCACAGACAUCAGUCUUGUUGACUACAUUGGAGUUCAGGCAGCUAAACAUGCUACCUUUGUUCCCCACACCGCUGGAAGAUACUCUGUGAAGAGAUUCAGGAAGGCUCAGUGCCCCAUUGUUGAGAGGCUCACCAACUCUCUCAUGAUGCACGGGAGGAACAACGGUAAGAAAUUGAUGGCUGUCAGGAUCGUCAAGCACGCCAUGGAGAUUAUCCACCUCUUGUCUGACUUGAACCCAAUUCAGGUCAUCAUUGACGCCAUUGUCAACAGUGGUCCACGUGAAGAUGCUACCAGAAUUGGAUCUGCUGGUGUUGUUAGGAGACAAGCUGUUGAUAUCUCUCCUCUAAGACGUGUUAACCAGGCUAUCUUCUUGAUUACCACUGGUGCUCGUGAAGCUGCUUUCAGAAACAUCAAGACUAUAGCUGAGUGCCUUGCUGAUGAAUUGAUCAACGCAGCCAAGGGCUCUUCCAACAGCUAUGCCAUCAAGAAGAAGGAUGAGAUUGAAAGAGUUGCCAAGGCUAAUCGUUAAGGAUUUUCCCUUUGCCCUGUGCGUUACAAUCUCGUAUCAAUGAGUUUAAUGUUUUAUCUUCAUUUAGAUUGAAAUAUGUAUCUCAGAUGUUUGCUCUUUUGUUUUAUGAAGUUUAUUUCGUCUGAACUACUUUGAAUAGAUAAAUUUUUGAUGCUUUAAGCUGUUUCGCAUCAGUUUAUUGUCAAUUUUUGAACUUAUCUAGGCCACCUGAAGCUAGAAAUUUAAAGAGUUCGCUAUUAGUUCUAAGUUUCUAUUAUCUGGUAAUCAAGCUCGUUUUCUGAAAUUGUCUUAGACCAUUUGCAUUGUUCUCAAUAUGGUAAAUGAUUGACGAAGCUUUUAUUUCUGAUGUCA